AUGGAUAAUUGCAAGCCCAAACGGCCUCCUCGACCUCCACCGAAACUACGCACCAAGACGGGCUGCCACAAAUGCCGGGAACGACGUAAAAAGUGCGAUGAGAAGAAACCGAAAUGCGGCGCCUGUACGAAGUUGCAACUUCAUUGCAGUUACCGAGAGUCUGCGUGGUUGCCCGGACCCCCUUCGAAUCACUCAAGGUCAUCAGCUACAACGCCAGAUCCCGAGGACCAGGUCGUUGACCUGAUCUUGCCUUCACCGCAGAGUUCUACCUUAAGCUUCAAUCCAUCAGUGCUAAUGACAAAGCGGGAUUGGAUGGUGUUCCAGUACGCCUCUACGAGAUUCAUCCAAUUGCUCACCACGCCCGAUGCCAGGGACGAGUUUCGCGACGUUUCGUUCGUAUUUGCAAUGGGUUUCUAUAAGCCCUGGGUCAUGCACGCAAUAUUAGCCCCGGCGGCCUUGCAUGCUUCGUGCGCUGCGUUGAUGCCGCAAGAGGACGCCAUGGUCUACACCGAGAGUGCUCUCCGUGGUCUUCGCAAGGCUAUCGAACAAUCGGAGCUUACCGCUGACAAGGGAGAGACGUUUUUGGCAGCCUCGCUUUUCCUAGGUGUCUUCGAGGACUUCUACUCAGAUCCUGCAAGUCAUUGUCUGACUCAUUACAAAGCUGUUGCUCGAGUACUUGAGGAAGAGACUGUGAAGACUUGCCGUUUGGACCUAGAUCGGCUGUCAGCUUUCCGACGCACACUUCUCGACUCGGUACUCUACCAUUUCGCUACCAGACUGAUCCUUGAAGAGGACGUCGAUGCCAUUUGCGAGUCGUUCCCCUCUCAAACGAUAGCUAUGUAUAUCGACGCACUGGAAAAUAUGGCACAGCAGGGUCACGAAACAUCUUCAGUUCUUCCGGUCCUUGGCCGAUGCAAGCCCAGUCUUUUCCUUCUCAUUUACCAAAUCACCUGGCUUAGUAGGCAAGUCCCGUUGGAUCUACACAGCAGCAAUCAUACCCUUGCUCUUCAAUGUUUGGAAGAGCUAGACAAGCUCUUCUAUUCACACCCACUUUUACAAUUAGACGACCUCCAUUCUUUCGGCGAUGAUGCGCCGAGGACACUGACAAACACAGAUAUCGCUGCGAAGCUCUACUUCUUGGCUACGAAGAUGUUCCUUCUGAAAGUCUUGAGCCCAGACCAGGUGCGGACGACCUCGAGUCAAGUCUCUGCUAUGCUUCAGCAAGCGUUUGAAUUGCUGAAGUGUUACGACGGAGCUGCCGAUUGCGCACAAUUCAUAUGUUGGGCUGUUCUCGUCUUGGGCUGUGCAGCCUGUCCAACAACCCAUUUCGAAACAGGAGCCAGCCUCCCAAUUGACAUCGGCGCCGAAGUGCGCCGGAAAAUGAGGAACCUUAUUCAACGGAAACUAUUGCAAAUCUGGGAAACCUCUUACUCUGGGUACGUCAAACGAACAGCUGACGCCCUGGGCAAGAUAUGGAGCCUUCCGAGCCUUCUGGUGCGGGAUGCUUCAUCCUUCAGCUCGGAAACCGAAGCAGAAUACGAUGGUAUGAAUGCCCUGAUUUAUGGCGGUGGCCUGGGACAAGCCUUGCUUUUUUUUGCCUAG